UCCUUAAAUGCUCCCACAUCUACACUCCCAAGGUAGUUGUCAUUUGGCUGCGAGGCAGAUAGUUCUACAUCUGGAAAUCAGUCAAUUCAUUAUCAUUCUAUUGUGGAAAGAAAGUAACAGGACUCCUCUUCGUGGUAAACAUAGUUAUAUUUCUAAAGGUGUUUCCAGGUAGCGGUAGCAUUAAAAGGUGACAUGUAUUGGAAGAUUUUGACAGCGGUUCUCUGCUUCUAUGCAGUUGUUCCUGUAGAACCUACUGCAUCCUCAGCAGCUCCCACAACAACUGGAAAUGCAACAACAACAGCCACAGCUGCCAACACCACAAUCACAGCUGCCAACAAUAUCACCACAUCUGCCAACACUACAACCACAGCUGUCCCCACAACAGCCACAGCUGCGAACACUACAUCCACAUAUGCCAACAAUAUCACCACAUCUGCCAACACUACAAUCACAGCUGCCAACAAUAUCACCACAUCUGCCAACACUACAACCACAGCUGUCCCCACAACAGCCACAGCUGCGAACACUACAUCCACAUAUGCCAACAAUAUCACCACAUCUGCCAACACUACAAUCACAGCUGCCAACAAUAUCACCACAUCUGCCAACACUACAACCACAGCUGUCCCCACAACAGCCACAGCUGCGAACACUACAUCCACAUAUGCCAACAAUAUCACCACAUCUGCCAACACUACAAUCACAGCUGCCAACAAUAUCACCACAUCUGCCAACACUACAACCACAGCUGUCCCCACAACAGCCACAGCUGCGAACACUACAUCCACAUAUGCCAACAAUAUCACCACAUCUGCCAACACUACAAUCACAGCUGCCAACAAUAUCACCACAUCUGCCAACACUACAACCACAGCUGUCCCCACAACAGCCACAGCUGCGAACACUUCAUCCACAUAUGCCAACAAUAUCACCACAUCUGCCAACACUACACCCACAGCUGCCAACAAUAUCACCACAUCUGCCAACACUACACCCACAGCUGUCCCCACAACAGCAACAGCUGCAAACACUACAUCCACAUAUGCCAACAAUAUCACCACAUCUGCCAACACUACAACCACAGCUACCAACACAACAGCCACAGCUGCCAACACUACAACCACAGCUGCCAAAACCUCAACCCCAGCUGCCAACAAUAUCACCACAGCUGCAACAACAGCUGCCCCCACAACAGCCACAGCUGCAACAACUACAACAACAGCUGUCCCCAAAACAGCCACAGCUGCAACAACUACAACAACAGCUGUCCCCAAAACAGCCACAGCUGCAACAACUACAACAACAGCUGCCCCCACAACAACCACAGCCGCUCCAACUACAACGCCCUCGCCCCCAGUUGUUUUUGGCCUGGUAUUCAGAUCAGAUGAGGAUUUCAGUCCUGCUCUGACAAAUACCUCUUCACCUUUGUUCCAGAAUCUUGUAACGAAGACAACUCAAGCGCUUGAGCCUCUGUUUAAGGCACAAUUCCCAAACUUCAUAAGACUGAUUGUGGUGGGUUUCAGGAGGGGUUCCAUCAUCACAGACACCCAGCUGGAGUUUGCUGCCGCUAACACAACUGCUAAUGCAACCACACCUUUUGCUGAUGCCGUGGCUACUACUCUGAAGGCUGCGAUCACCAAUGGAAGUUUGAGUAUCAACAUCUCAGCCAAUUUCAAUAUUACUGUCCGAGCUAAUCCAACGACAGCAGCUCCCACAACAACCACAGCUGCCCCCUUAACUAUCACAGCUGCUCCCACAACUACCACAAGCGCACCAACAACAACCACACGUGCACCAACAACAACUACACGUGCACCAACAACAACUACACGUGCACCAACAACAACUACACGUGCACCAACAACAACUACAGCUGCCCUACAAACAACCACAGCUGCCGUUGCCCCGACAACCACCGCAGCCCCAAAUGUUUUGCUUCUAGUGUUCAGUUCAGAUGAGACCUUCACCGAAACUCUCUCAAACAACACCUCCCAAGAUUUCCGGGAUCGGGCUACUACUAUAAAAAACGCGAUUGAGCCAGUCUAUCGCAAAGUCUUUAGAAGUUUCAUUCAGCUUGUUGUGUUGAGUUUCAGACGUGGGUCCGUCAUCACAGAAUGCAGAAUGGAGUUUGGACCUACUGGUAACGGGACUGAACCCACUGCUAAUUUGGUGAAAGAUGUUCUGGUGAAAGAAGUCAACAACGGGAAUAUAGAUAUCCCUGUCAAUGCCAGCUCCAUCGUUGUCAGCGUUCUAAGCUCAUCCAUGUCUCCAGUGGUAAACAGUGUGUUUUCCUCUUUUGGAAUGACCCUGGUUUUCCUGCUGCUGUCUGCUGCAAUGCACAGACUUUAAGACCGGGACAAACCAACUCAUUUGCAACCCUGCACCUGACUACACAUGUAACUCUUUUAUUUUUUUAUUUUUUUAUCACAUAGCCCUCUUUUUCCAGUGAAAUUUCUCUAUAGCAUAUGCAUAUUAGGAUCCAGCCAUCAGCUGUUGUAUGUGAAGUCACCACAUCAAAGAGUAAAGAGCUCUAUCAUUCAAAUGAAAUUAUGUUUGUUUAAUCCUAGAUGGUCUUUAACGUAAUGUUAAACCUAUUGUACAGGAAUGGAUGCGUAAACAGAUUUCGUUUGUCAAUAUGGAGUUAAUGAAGGCAGGGCAAACAAUGAAACCAGACCUGAAGAUAAUCCCAACCAUCAAAAUCACCCAUUAUUGUGAGAAUAUGUCUGCAUUAAUACAAUUAUCCCUUGUGUUUACUGUUGAUUUGAUUAAAAUAAAAAAGGAAACUUUGGAAGAAC